GGAUUCCAGUUUAACAAUGAUUUAUAGUCUAUGUGUAUACAAUUAUAGAUUUAAGUAAGAUAUUGUGUUAUCAGUCGUUAAAACAAUUGCACAUUUUAAAUGAAACACACGCCUCUUCGUACACGGAAGAUUUUAUGAAUAUAUUAUUUCCAGAAAUAAUAUAUAUUUUAUACUAACAUGCAGGGCUCGUAAGUAAGAUACAUGGUAAAAGUGACGUUAUGGAAAGCGCGUGGGUUGUUCUGUUUUGGAUUGUGGCUUACGGUGUUAAAUCUAAAGUUCAAAACGCUGCUCCAGUUUUCUCAAAACCCCAGACAAAUGACCAACAGACUUCAUGCUUUGAAAACAUUGGCUUAUCAUUGAGCAUAUACCGCGUGUCCGCAAGUGACGCUGAUGGAGAUACUGUUACUGUGGGAUUCCACAGCCAGAAUCCACCAGAGCCGCCAUUCCAAUUAACGAAAGCAAUUAUUGGAUGGAAUCUGAUGACUCCAGCAUCGACCACGAUCGACCGAGAAACUACACCAACAUUUAGAUUUGUAUUUAGUGCCACCGAUGGUACUAAUACUGUACAAAGCGUUGAGCUGACUUUGAUUUUAACGGACCAGAACGACAACAGCCCCCAGUUCACCGCCACCUCGUACUCAGCUUCUGUCUACGAUACAGCGUCUGCUGGUGCAGUCAUAUUAACAAUACACGCCACGGAUGCAGAUGUUUCUGCAUCUAGUACGUACACAAUAACAGAGGGAAAUGUCGCAGGAACAUUUUCCAUAGCGUCAGAAACUGGAGAACUGAAACUUGACACACCUGGCAACCUCAACUCAGCCACCACAGCCACAUAUAGCCUUACCGUAGAGGUCAGUGACGGUACAAAUACCAACGCCACUACAGUGACCAUACAUGUUUUAGUUACACCGACAGUUCCCGAAGUUACAUAUGACGGAAGAGUUAUUGACAGCAAAGUUUUAAAUGUCAUUUACAAACGCUCAAUCGAGCUUAUGUGUAAAAGUUAUGACAAACCUACUCCGUCAAUAUACUGGCUAGAUUGUCAUAAUGCUUUUGUCCAUUCCACAACACUAAAAAUAACCGAUCCAACGUCCGGUAUCUACACGUGUGUGGCAGUAAAACGGAUGCAACCAUCAUAUGACCAGUUCAUACGUGGACAGUCUGAGAAGUACAUUCCCGUAUAUGUAUUGCUUCCACCGACUGAACCCAUUUUAUCCAUGGACGGAAGUCGAGUUGACAAUACUACACUGAGUAUUAUGAGUGGAAACAACGUGUCCAUAGAGUGCGCAAGCGAUGGCUACCCUAGUCCAACUGUUCGCUGGGAACAUGGGUUUAAUAUUUACAAUGGCAGCUUUCUAAACCUUACCAACAUCAAAGAGACCGAUGCAGGAACGUAUAUGUGCGUUGUUGAAAACACGAUGAACCCUACGUUUGGACUUGAAACAAUCGGGCGGUCUAAUCUGUCCUUACAAUUAAUCGUACAAACCGCCCGUUCUGGCUACUCACACAACUUGGAUCCGCGUCUUCCGCUUGCCCGUUCUGGCUACUCACACAACUUGGAUCCGCGUCUUCCGCUUAUUGGUUCUGGCUGUGGCACGUUGUUGUUGCUCGCAGCAACGGUACUUGUAUGCCUUUGCAGAAAACGGAAAAUGUUAGAAAACUCAGGGGCGAAGAAAAGAUUUGUUGAACUUCAAGCACGGAAAGGAAAGCAACGAAAGGAAGAUUUUGACGAGAAUGUGGAGAAUCCAAUGUACAUUUCUGCAGACGAUGUUUUGGCGUAUGAACCCUCAGAGUCUCAAGACGAUGUUGUGGAGAACCCCAUGUGCAUUUCUGCGGAGGAUAUUGGACAGAAGAAAGUUGCAAAACAAGCAAACGCAAAAAGUCAAGUGGGACAAACCAAAAUUUACAGUAUUCGAUAUGAUGUUCAUAAGGUCGACACUGUUGUUUAUGGAGAGGAUAACCACUAUGCGGAGAUAAUCCACUAGUUGGACGCACCUAAGGCAACCUCAAAAUCAUCGCAGCGGCUAGUUCUCCGUAACCACAAGUUGCAAUGUUAUCCGUCACCAAAUCUUUAUCGUUCGUUUGUUACCACAAGCAUAUCAGCUGGUCGUUACGACAAUUGGCUUCCAGUAAUCGAUAAUGUAUUAAUUUUUUAAAACCAAAAGUCUAUCAGUUAUUAGCAACCACAUGUUUUUUUUUUGUUUUCCGUAACCACAAGUAAAAUCAUCCCUGAUCUGGAAUGAUUUUUGUUUGAACCGUAAUACACCGUAAUUCGACUCGGUGUAUUUCUUAACGUAAUAAUACUGUUUACAUACAUUUUGUUUGCUCAAAAAUGACAUUAAAAGAAAGCAACAAAUGGAUAACAUGCAUGUAUAUUAAUAAAACUUUUUUUUUCAAUCGUCACCAUCAGUGUUAGUAGGGAUGUAGCAGAUUCAAUGCUCGGAACAUGUUAUAUCUAUAAGCAGAGAUUUGGUCAUACUGUUUCUGUUGUAUAAGUGAAUCUAAGAGUUAUUACCAAGUGUUGCUAUGGUAUCAAACGAUUCGAAAAAUAAAUAGAAAAAGAUU